AUGCCCACAAUUCUCACUCACUCACUCUCUUUCUCUUGUUUAAUUAAUUAAUUAAUUAAUUAAUUUGCAUCAUCAUCAAUGGCGGACGGAGGUGGCGCAGUUCAGGCAAAGCGCACGAUGGGGGGAUUGUUAGCCAUACCGGAGAAGAUGCAGUUACAUCUAGCUAUGCUGACAUUGCAGUUUGGUUAUGCCGGUUUCCAUGUCGUAUCCAGAGCCGCCCUUAACAUGGGAAUCAGCAAAAUCGUCUUCCCUGUUUAUAGAAACAUUCUUGCUCUUCUCCUCCUCCUUCCUUUCGCUUACUUCUUGGAAAAGAAGGAGAGACCGCCGAUUAGCUUUUCAUUCCUUCUCCAGUUUUUCCUCCUCGCCGUUGUUGGAAUAACAGCAAACCAAGGUUUCUACUUGUUGGGCCUUGACAACACAUCUCCCACCUUUGCCUCUGCAAUCCAAAACUCUGUUCCCGCCAUUACUUUCCUCAUGGCAGUCAUUCUCCGGUUAGAGAAAGUGAGAUUGGAUAGAAAAGACGGAAUCUCGAAAGUGAUCGGGACUCUGCUCUGUGUGGCCGGAGCAUCAGUGAUUACUCUGUACAAGGGCCCCACAAUCUACAGUCCGGGGCCGCACCUGACGAGGAGAAAUCCGGCGGCUCUUCUGGCCCUGGGAGAUGCAGCCGGUAAAAACUGGACAUUGGGUUGUAUAUUCUUGAUCGGUCACUGUCUGUCUUGGUCGGGUUGGCUGGUAUUGCAGGCUCCGAUUCUAAAGAAAUAUCCGGCCAAGCUUUCGUUUACAUCUUACCAGUGUUUCUUCGGGAUCUUACAGUUCUUGAUCAUAGCAUUGUUUUGUGAGAGGGAUCCCCAGGCUUGGCUUGUUCACUCCGGUGCUGAACUCUUCAGUGUCUUCUACGCUGGUGUGGUAGCAUCAGGAAUUGCAUUCGCCGUACAGAUAUGGUGUAUUCAAAAGGGUGGACCGGUCUUUGUGGCGGUUUAUCAACCGGUUCAAACUCUAGUUGUGGCUAUAAUGGCUUCCUUUGCUCUCGGAGAGGAAUUCUACUUGGGAGGGAUCAUUGGAGCCGUGUUGAUUAUAGCCGGAUUGUAUUUGGUUUUGUGGGGAAAGAAUCAAGAAAGGAAGUUCAUCACCGCCGCCGCCGCCGUCAAUUCUACUGCGCCGGAACAGAGUAAUAUUAACAGAUCGCCGCCGCCGCCGGCUGUACAAAUCAAGCCGUCUCUCACUCAGCCGCUACUCCCUCAGUCAACGGAAACUGUUUGACCGAUCAGUUCUUGUCUCUUUUUAUUAUUAUUAUUAUUAUCUAGCUAGCAAAACCCUAAACCCAAUUGGCUACCCCCAGGAAACUCAAAAUUAAAAAAAAAAAAUGAGAGACAGAGGUUUGUUUAAGAAAAGGUUUGUGGUGUGUCACUAGAAGAAGAAGUGAGUGAAGAAUGUGAUGUUGAUGGAACUGUAUCUCUAGUUAUGUGGGGGACCUUUAAGGAUUCAUCAUUGCUUGAAAUGGAAUUUUAGUUUUCAAAUA